CCUGCAGUAGCAAGCGCCAUUGUGAAUUUUGAGUGUCACUUGCCUUUGGCUCUUUUCGCUAAAACGACUGUGGACGUACCAAGAACCAUUUGAUCGUUAUUCUGGCAUCCUCUUAAGGAACUCCUGAUACUAACUAUAGGUUUUUUGGCCAUAAAUGACAAGAGAAGCGUGCAGUUUCAGCACCAUUCCCGCGAAUCACUUUUCGGUGUAAGGUGGCUUGAAAGCAACUCUCCAUGUUGAAUAUAAGCUGACGACGGAUAUGUAAUGGUCCGGUGAUCCUUCGGGUUCAUCUACGUCGGAGAUUUCAUAACUAUGAGUGGCCACAGACCUAGAACAACGUCUUUUGCCGAAACAAAUAAAUCACAUACACCAAAUUUUGGAGGAGUAAAAAUUAGUCGAGAUAAAGAUGGAAGUAAAGUGACAACAGUUGUAGCAACUACAGGUUCACUGCCUGAUCGGACUCAAGAGAUCAGUUACACUGACACGAAAGUUAUUGGGAAUGGAUCUUUCGGAGUUGUGUACCAAGCAAGGAUGUGUGAUUCCUCUGAACUUGUAGCAAUAAAGAAAGUAUUGCAAGACAAACGAUUUAAGAAUCGAGAGUUACAAAUCAUGAGAAAAUUAGACCACUGUAAUAUCGUCCGAUUGCGCUGGUUCUUUUAUUCCAGUGGUGAAAAGAAGGAAGAAAUCUAUUUAAAUUUGGUUCUUGAUUUUGUUCCGGAGACAGUUUACAGAGUCGCAAGACAUUACAGUAAAGCAAAGCAAACAAUCCCCAUAUUGUACAUAAAGCUCUACAUGUAUCAGAUGUUUCGAUCUCUGGCCUAUAUCCACUCUGUUGGUAUCUGCCACCGUGAUAUCAAACCACAGAAUUUACUUCUUGACCCUGAAACUGCUGUGUUGAAGUUGUGUGACUUUGGCAGUGCCAAGGUUUUAGUGAAAGGAGAGCCUAAUGUUUCUUACAUAUGUUCAAGAUAUUAUCGUGCACCAGAACUCAUAUUUGGAGCUACAGACUACACACCUGAUAUUGAUGUGUGGUCUGCUGGCUGUGUGCUGGCAGAGCUUCUCCUUGGACAGCCCAUCUUUCCAGGGGCUAGUGGUGUUGAUCAGCUUGUUGAGAUAAUUAAAGUUUUGGGUACUCCAACAAGGGAACAAAUCAAGGAAAUGAAUCCACACUACACUGAGUUCAAAUUUCCACAGAUCAAGCCACAUCCAUGGACCAAGGUUUUCAGACCCAAAACUCCACCAGAAGCAAUAAACUUGUGUAGUAGAUUACUUGAGUAUACUCCAUCAACAAGACUCAUACCUGUGGAAUCAUGUGCACAUGUUUUCUUUGAUGAACUCCGCGAUGCCAACACUAAACUUCCAAAUGGACGAGAUCUACCCCCUCUUUUUAACUUUACACCUCAAGAGCUAUCAGUAAAACCCUCUCUAAAUUCAACCCUUAUACCCACUCAUGUGCAGAGGAAUUCUGGAGGGGCUGGUACAAGUAGCUCAGGGACAUCCACAAGCACAGGCCCAGCAGUUGUGGAUGGGGCUGUGGCAUCAGUCUCCCAAGCAGGCUCCUGAAUUAUUCAAUUAUUAAAAUUAAUGCAAGAUUCUGUCCAUGAAAAGGGCCUUAGUUGUGAAAGAAUUUCAUGUAAAAAAGAGCCUAAAUUGUAUUGUAAAUAGUGUUGAAAUCAAGUUCCCCAUUCCGAUUUUUUUGUGUGUAUUUUGGGAGUACACAGGGUUACAGUUUUGUUUAAAUCUUAAGUUUUACUUUCCAAGGCUCAUUAUGUACAAUUCAUUCCUAAUUUACUUGUGGUUGGAUCAAAGUACAGUAUUUAAAGGUGUUUGCAACUAAGGCCAGUGAUCAAAGCAAAAAAAAUAAUGCUUCCUCAUGACUUUAAUGUUCUAUUUAUUUCAAGAGGUUCUCAGGUGUUUACCAUCAAUCUUCUUUUUUGGUGUAGCUGGCUUUCUUUGCUAAUACCAUUAAAAUUUGUGCUCAGAUUUUAGGUGCUGUUUUAUUUGCAAUGUAUACAAAUUGUUCUAAACAAGAAAUUUUUAAAUGUACUGCACUACAAUUGUGCAUUUCAAGAAUGUUAAUACACUUUUGUACUAAAUGAUGAGGCACCAUAAUGAAGUGAUCAUAAUCAUUAACAGGAAAUUCGAAUUAACACAAAUCCUUUAGGGCAUCAGCAUGGCACUGGAUAAUGUAUUUAUACUGACAGUGCCAUAAUCAAUAUUUAAAUAAUGUAAAAUAUGUUUCUUGUACUUGUGCCAAAGGCCAUUCUCUGUGUGGCUGUAGAAAAAAAAACUUCUCAUUUGAGUCUGUAUAAAAUUUUAAGGGCUUGUAAAUUUAAGCAAUUUUAAGUUUUCUUCUUAUGUGUAAAAUUUAUAAUCAACUCUUAUAUACAUCCUAGUGAGUAAUCUAUCAGGAGAUAAUAUGAAAUUUUUUCUGUCAAAA